AGAAAGACGUCUUUUUGACAAGCAAGCAAGAGUUUCAGAGACAGACCAAAAAAGGUAGCCUACUUGUGAACUGUGCUCAAAAUGAGAGUUCCUGUAAAACUCCUCGGCUUCGGCUUUUGGUUGCUUUCCUUAAAUUUUGCUCAAUGUAAAGAAAUAACCUGUGAGCUGAAGUCAACCACAUCUGGAGUAAAAAAGAUCAACCCAGAUGGAAAGAUUAUUUUCAGAGCUGGAGAAAGUGUGGAGAUCACCUUUACAUGCAAAGAUGAUGGAAAGUGGGACAAUGAGCCUGUUUGUGCAGACAAAUGCGGACCACCACCAGAGAUCAGCAAUGCAGAUACAAAAGAAAUUACAAACAAAGAAUAUAAAACAGAGGAGAGAGUUGAAUACAAAUGCUUUGAUAAAUACAUAAUGAAUCUGAGUCCCCCCUUCUCCAAAUACUUGACCUGUGUAAAAGGCGAAUGGAAAGGGGACAUUUAUUGUUUCAAGCCCUGUAUAGUGACAGUGGAGGAAAUGGAUAAAAGAGGGAUAAGGUUGCGGUGGAAGGCAAAUGAAAAGAUGAUCUCACCACAUGAUGAUGGCAUCGACUUUCUAUGUCAGAGCGGCAAAGCAUUUCGAUCAACAUGUAAAGAUGGAGUGAUGCUUUUGCCAGAGUGUGGGGAAUAAAACAUUGAUGAAGCAUAAGUUGUACUGCUAAGCAAAAACAAAAUAAAAUAAAUAUUCCCCAGUUUAAAUCAUUAAACCAUACAAAAAGGAUUGAAACGAUUAAAGAUCAUUC